CCGGCUCCCAUCACAUCUCAUAGUUGAAAUUGAACUACUGAAGUGAUGGCUAAUUUUAAGGGUCAUGCACUUCCAGGAAGUUUCUUCCUUAUCUUUGGCCUGUGGUGGUCUGUGAAAUACCCCCUGAAAUAUGCCUGUCGAAAGCAGAAAAAGAUUUGCUGGUUUGGUUCCAAAGUUGGUUUCCAGCGUGUGGAGGUGAUCGAAGGAGCAGUGAAAGCAAUAUUUGCUUUAAUAGGAAUAUUGGCUGAACAGUUUGUGCCGGACGGUCCUCACCUCAAGCUGUACAAUCAUGAAGAGAAGCAUUGGGACCACCUUAUGAACUGGCAGCACUCCACCAUGUAUUUCUUCUAUGGCAUCUCGGGGGUGGUGGAUGUCAUCACCCACACCACAAAAGCUGUUCCUGUUGCAAUGGAUAGACUGAUGCUCGCCAUUGCUGUAUUUAUUGAAGGAUUCCUGUUCUACUAUCAUGUCCAUGGCAGGCAGGAGCUGGACCUUCACAUUCAUCUGCUCCUCUUGUUUGCGGUGUUUGGUGGAGCGCUGUGUAUAUUCCUGGAGGUCUUCUUCCGUGGAAAUAUCAUCCUGGAGCUCUUCCGAUGCAGUCUGUGUAUAUUACAAGGCAGUUGGUUCUGGCAGAUUGGAUUUGUGCUGUUUCCUCCUGGUGGUGGCCCUGAGUGGAAUCAGAACGAUCACAAUAAUGUAAUGUUUAUUACAAUGUGCUACUGCUGGCAUUACGCUUUUGCUCUUCUGAUUGUCGGAGCCAAUUAUGGAGUAGUUACUUGGGUGGUUAACACAAAGCUGAAGAGCGCUCAGACGAUGGAGAUGGAGCUACUGAAAUCCCAGCGAAGAGAUCAAGACUCAGACGAUGACUUUUAGUAGACCAUUCUCAUAUUUAGCCUAAUGAUGAUUUCAGCAUUCUGAUUCAUAUCAUUUGUACUGUAUAAUAGACCAAAAUAAUAUGUAAUAAUGUGUAAUAAUGUGUACAAAGUAACUAUUUUAAUAAUUGUAAAGUUUUGACUUCACCAGCUGUAUAAAAUACUCUGAUCCUGUU